AGGUUUUCGGAAAAUUAGUAUACUGUAACCGUAUAAUAACUUUCGUAUAACAAGGGAGGUAAUUGUAUUGGAUCAAAAGGAGAUGCCUUGAAAAACUUGAACGAGAGUUUGUUUAUCUUAUUGGACAUUUAUAAGAUUUUAUUCGGAGCAACAUUUUUGACAGACUGGCAGUAUGUUCUCAAUAGUGAGGACUUCGACCGGUUGUGCAUGCAUCCUUAAAAAGCAAACUGCAUGGGCAACAAUCAGUGCUGUACCCACAAGGAAUUAUCAAAAUCCCAACACCAAUGUUUUUGAGAGGUUAUCAGAAGUCAACCAAGUUGCAUGGGACAGGUACCCAUUGCUAAAAAGAAAACAUUUUAUCUACAAAAAAGUUCCUCAUGACCCUACUAAAUACUCUGACACCAUGAAGUGUAUCCUAACCCGAGAAAUCGAAGGUAUUGGACUGAAGGGCACAGUGGUGGAGGUAAAGAAGCGGCUGUUCCGGAAUAUUCUCUACCCCAGGGGAGAUGCUGUGUAUGCUUCUCCAGACAACCUCAAGGAGUAUGAUACAUUUAGGAAGGACUCUUUGGAAGAAGGCAUCGACUAUGAAGUUAAAAUGCUGAUGAUUAAACUGUCGGGGCUGCAUUUGCCAGUGUACAUGAACUCUGGGGAAUCUUGGACUCUUGAUAAAACCCAUCUGAGGAUAGCCCUUCGCAAAGUGGGAGUCCUUUUGUCUUCUGAGAACAUUCUGCCACCAAUGGUUGAAGUCACCAAACCAGGGAAUUUUGCAUUCAAAAUCCAGAUCAACAAAAGACUAGCAACCAAAGUGCGAGGCACAGUUUACAACGUUGGACCUGAUGGUACCCCUGACCCCUUGGUCAAGGUACCCAGCCUCUGGGGCAACACACCCAUAGAUGGGAACCAGCCACUUGAGUAUCUCAAAUCUGCUGAGUCAGCCAAGAUAGUGGAAAACACUGAUACCCAGACAGACUCUGAUAAGAGUUCAUGAAAUAAUAGUUAAAAUAUAUUUUACAUGUUUUAUUCUGUACUGAAUACCAUUAGGAAAUAAACAAUUGGAAAAAAGCUGUGUAGUUUCA